AGCAAGAUUAUAUGAUGGCAUUGUGUACGUGUUUGCUUUCUCCUUAGGUUGGUCCUCUCCGAUGCUGGCCUGGUGGAUUGUGCCUCUCAAGGUCGAUUGGCGAUAUGGAUGUUGGGGAAUUUAUAGUCCCGAUUCCUCAUGUUAAGCAAGUUAAACUUCCAGAAUCCGGAGCUCGACUAAUUAUAGCUUCAGAUGGCAUAUGGGAUGCACUUUCAUCUGAGAUGGCUGCCAAGUGUUGUCGAGGAUUGUCUACUGAGCUUGCUGCCAAAUUGGUUGUUAAGGAAGCCUUGAGAACAAGUGGCCUUAAGGAUGAUACAACUUGUUUGGUUGUUGAUAUCAUUCCAUUGGAUCAUUCCAAUUUACCAGCAUCUCCUAGGAAGUACCGGAAUAAGUUUAAAUCUCUACUUUUUGGGAUGCCUCAAAAUUCUUUCAGCAAGCUCACAAAUAAAUCUUCUUCUGUUGGGGCUAUUGAAGAACUAUUUGAAGAAGGCUCUGCAGUGCUUGAAGAAAGGUAGGCUU